AUGACGUUGCCACCAACUUUGACAGCAGGGAUUCAUGACUUCCUAGGUGCGGCAGCCACCGCAACGAACCUCUUGGGAGCGACAGCACCGCCCACUCUGGUAGUAAAGGGGACAGUUAACAAGGCCUGGCUCUUGUUGCCACCAGUCAAGAAUGUAGAUCCCAGUCCAUUUACCAAUGCAGCAGAGGUUGAAGCCAUUUCUUUUCCUCUUUCAAUAUAUCUGAAGAUUGACAGGGACAUUGUACUAGAUGGUACUUUACUUUCUCGAGUCUUCUUAAAUGCAGAAUUAGCCUUGUUAAACGUAUGGCUUCCUUUUAGUGGAAAUCUAAAGGAGAGCUCUGUGAGGAGCCACGUAAGACAUGUCAAAUCUGGGGAUCAAUCUAGGAUAGAUCCAGACUCUGAAGUCAUUUCUAUCCAUGAACAUUCUGAUGGUAGCGUUUUGUUCCGGUUUGGAGACCCAAGCGAGAUAGCAGAAAAUGUGAAGCUGGCGGAACCCAAAAUUUUGGAGGAGAUUAAGAAAGAAAGUCAAGAGGGAUUUAGUAUGGUGAAUGUUUUGGAUGGAGAUAUUAAUAGAGAAGUGAUUGUAAAGAAACUAGAUAAGGAGGAUAAGUUUGCUCGUCCAACCGAAGUGGCUAAUAAAGGCAAUGAAAGUGUUAGUAUUGUUGAGACAGAGAGUAAAUCAUGGGAGAAGUUAUCAGAAGAUUCAAAAAGAGUCGAAUUAGCAAUGAAUGAAGCUAAUCCAAUAGGUAUCAGCAAUGAAAGCAUUAGCGGUGUUGAGAAAGAGAAUGAAUCAGGUGAGAAGUUAUCAGAAGAUUCAAAGAGAUUCGAAUUAGCAAGCAAUGAAGCUAAUCCAAUAGGUAUCGGCAAUGAAACCAUUAGUGUAGUUGAGAAAGAGAAUGAAUCAACGGAGAAGUUCUCAGAAGAUUCAAAGAACGUUGAAUUACGUGUUUCAAGAACAGAUAUAAAAGAUUCUUCUCCUCGUAGCGAAGAUACAAAAGAUAAUUCAGAUAAUAGUAGUGGUACUGCAGAAUCUGCAGAAGAGAAAAUUGGUGGAGAGAUGAUGCUUCAGUCGAUUCACUUGAAGCUGGACCCUGUUAUUGAUGUAAUUGACGACAUUGUCACUGAGGAAAAUACUGAGGAAAUAGUAGCAGCCACAAAUCUUUCGGCAAAUAAUCAUAGUAUGGAGGCUGGAAAUGGAAUUGAGAUUGUAGAAGAUGAUAAAGGAUUUGAUAGGAGUGAAAUAGCUGAAGAUGGUAACUCAAGUGACGUUAAUGUUGUGGCCACAUUCCCUUUCACAGAAGUAGAUAUCGAUUUUUCUGCAGAUUCGAAGGAUCGGAAUUCUGAAGUAACUGUUGUUUUUUCUGAAGAUUCUAAGGAUCAGAAUUCAGAGGCUGGGAAUGGAGUGCGACGUAAGACCGUCGAACAUGGAAGUCAAAGUGAUAUGAUUGAGGUCAUGCCCGUGUCUCCUCAGUUGGAAGCUGAACCAAUUCUUGAUGAGGAAGCAGAUAAUGAAUUCAUGGAAGAAUCUGCCGUGGCUGAUAGAAAUGAGAGCCUAAUGAUGUUUAACAAUUCUCAGAAGUCACUUUUGGAACCAAGGACUGACAAUGAUCACAGCGUGAAAAACAGUGAUAUUGAAGAAGCAUCAGAUUGUGAAGUGACACAGCUAAAAUCUGUUGAAUCUGUUGCAAACAGAAUAAAAGCAGAUUUUGUUCUAUCUUCAGGUGCUGCUUUGUUGCCACACCCUUCUAAGGUGUUGACAGGUGGAGAAGAUGCAUAUUUCAUCAAUGGUCAAACCUGGCUUGGUGUAGCUGAUGGAGUUAGUCAGUGGUCACUAGAAGGGGUCAAUCCAGGAGUUUAUGCCCAAGAAGGCAAGAACUCAUCAAAAGAUUGUCCUGGUUCCUCGACAGUUUUGAUUGCUCACUUUGAUGGUGAGGCUCUUCAAGUGGCUAAUAUUGGAGACUCGGGAUUUAUAAUACUAAGGCACAGUAGUGUUUACAAAAAGUCUUCCCCUAUGCUUCAUGAAUUUCAUUUUCCAGUGCAAAUUGAAAGAGGUGAUGACCCCUCUUAUCUCACAGAGGAAUACAGAGUUGAUUCAGAACAGGGGGAACUCCUGGCAUCAUUAAACAGUGAUAAACGGCUGGAGGAAAUUGCGGAGUUAUUGGCAACACAGGCACAGGAAGUGGGUAGGUCUGGUUCUGCCAGAUGCCCGUUUGCUGAUGCUGCACAAGCAGCUGGAUAUGUAGGUUAUGCUGGCGGCAAGCUUCAUGAUGUGGCUGUUAUUGUAUCAGUGGUUCGAAGACAAUAG